AUGAACUUCAAGGCUGCUGUUGCUUUCAGUUUCGUCUUCCUCUCGCUGAGCGUGCAGGCUGUGCCGCCGGUCAAUCUUGCUAAGCGCGAUGAUAACAACGCCACGAUACCAAUUCCUGGUUUCGGGAAUAUAAACGCCACGAAUGCCACCGCGCUAGCUAGCAUCGGCUUCCCUAUCACGGCGCUUGAGUUCUUGCAGGCAAGCUCUUUCGCUGUCGGAGCGAUCGUCGGUACCGGUACGGUCCUGGAUCUUGAAGAGUCGGCCGCUGUGCCUAGGGUCGAGGUGUCCUCAGUCGGCGGACCAGUGAUCACUAUUGCCACCGGGACAGCGCCGGGUUCGUUCCAGACCACGUUCGCGGGGAUCGCCUUCACGGCUGCACCGAAGCAGAACCAUGCCGGGCCGGGCCGCAGUGUAUCUGGGUUGCUGCUGGGAGGGAUCGCGGCUGUCGUGGGAAGCGUCAUUACGGGUGCUCUUGUCGUUCUUGGAGCCUCAAGAUGUUCUCUGCCUAUCGAACGCCGAGCGAACCCCAAGAAGACUCUUUCGGGCAUAAUCGAGCCGCCGUUCCGUAUGACUGCUCCGAUCUGA